AUGAUGAAUGACAAAGAGCCUACCGAGCUUCAGCUCUCGCCAGAGCACGAGAAAACCCAAGCAGGGGAGAUCAUUGAAGCGCAGGAUCGAGACAGUGACAAAGAUGUUGCAGCGCAGUUCCUCGCACGUCUCGACCCGGCUGUUGCAGCAGAGCCGGUAACCGAAAGCGAAGCACGCCGUCUGCUAUGGAAGAUCGACCUCAUUAUCAUUCCGCUCAUCAUGGUGACGGUAGUUCUGGCUGCCAUCGACAAAGUCAUCAUUUCAAACGCUGCCAUUUAUGGAAUGAAAACAGACACUCACUUGACUGGCGACCAGUACUCGUGGGUAGGCUCUAUCUUCUACUUUGGUUAUUUAGCCUUUGAAUACCCAGCGGCACUCCUUAUUCAGCGACUUCCAGUGGCCAAGCUGUACGCAGGAAUGGUAGUAGGAUGGGCUAUCCUGCUGCUAUGUACGGCGGCAACGCAGGACUUUGCGGGCCUAGCGACUGUACGGUUUUUGAUGGGCAUGACAGAAGCUGCCGUAUUCCCAAUUUCCAGCAUCUUGACAGUGAUGUGGUGGAAGACAAGCGAGCAGCCUAUUCGUGUGGCAUUCUGGUUUAAUCAAUUAUCAUCGGUCUUUUCGGGCGUGGUGAGCUAUGGGAUUGGCCAGACGGAUACAGCUUUGGCGCCCUGGAGAUUACUCUUCAUCGUGUUGGGCUCAUUCUCUCUUGUCUGGGCUAUUGUGCUCUACAUCUUCCUACCGGACUCGCCGGUGCAAUGUUGGUACUUCUCAGACCGGGAGAAAUUUGUCUGUCUCGAGCGUGUGAAGGACAACAACACUGGCAUGGAAGACAAAACCAUCAAGUGGUACCAAGUGCGUGAAUGUCUGCUGGAUCCCAAGACCUGGCUUUUGGCCCUAUUUUCGCUAGCCCAGAACAUUCCCAAUGGUGGUCUUGUCACAUUCUCCGCUAUCAUCGUGUCCGGACUUGGCUAUUCUCGACUGAUCACCACUCUACUCGGCAUCCCCACCGGCGUGCUCGCCACGGUCUGGCAGAUCUUGUUGGGAUUCAUCGCAGCGCGCAUACCGAACUCCCGCUGCACGAUCAUCGCCAUCGCGAACUUGGUACCCUUGGUGUGUAGUGUGAUCAUGUGGAAGCUGCCACGAGAGAACCAGCAAGGCCUUCUGGCGGCAUACUACGUCUUCUACACCUACUGGGCGCCGUACGUGUUAUCCACUUCACUCCCAAUGGCCAACACCAGCGGACACAGCAAGAAAUUGACCAUGAAUGCUAUCUUCUUCUUGGCAUACUGCGUCGGCAACAUCAUCGGACCUCAGGUUUUCCGUUCCGGGGAUGCGCCAUCGUAUUCGCACGGAUACGAAGGUCUUGUUGGAUGUCUAGUGGUAGCUAUCGCAUCUAUUGUUGCUUAUGGGCUUCUUUGCCGAUGGGAGAAUAGUCGCCGCGCUAGAGAGGGCCAAUUAGAUGUGGAGCCUUCGGGAGAUGCAGCUUUCUCCGAUUUGACGGAUAAGGAGAAGAGGGCUUUCCGGUAUACGUAUUAG